CAUGUGACGACGGCUUUCCAAGGAGGCUGUCUGUCAGGCUGUCCCUGGAUCUAUAGCUGAGGGAACACCGCAGCCCAGAAAGCAAGGAGUGGAGAUUGAUCCUGCGGGAGAAAGGGGUUCGUCAUGGCGGAUGACCUAAAGCGAUUCCUGUAUAAGAAAUUACCAAGUGUUGAAGGGCUCCAUGCUAUUGUUGUGUCAGAUAGAGAUGGAGUCCCCGUUAUUAAAGUGGCCAAUGAUAAUGCCCCAGAACAUGCUUUGAGACCUGGUUUCUUAUCUACUUUUGCCCUUGCAACAGACCAAGGGAGCAAACUUGGACUUUCAAAAAAUAAAAGUAUCAUCUGUUACUAUAACACCUACCAGGUGGUUCAAUUCAAUCGUUUACCUUUGGUGGUGAGUUUCAUAGCCAGCAGCAAUGCCAAUACAGGACUCAUUGUCAGCCUGGAAAAGGAACUUGCUCCAUUAUUUGAAGAAUUGAGACAAGUUGUGGAAGUUUCUUAAUCUGACAGUGGUUUUGAUGUACACUUUAUUUCCAUUAUAACAGACAAAAUAUCAGUCCAGCAAUCUUUAGACCACAACAGUCCUUGUAUCCAUGUACUCAAGAAAGGGCCCUUUUUCCCACCUGACACUAAAGAAGGAGCCCAUAGAUAUAAUUUAUGGACAGAUUGAUUGUUAUCUUUUCUUGUAUAGGGUCUUUUCUUGAUGUAGUGAGAUCUGGGGAUACCACAGAGAUGGUUCGGUACAUCACAGCUCCCAUGGAGUUAGUCCAGUCACAAAUAUGCAUGAGAUACUAUUCAGUGGGUCAGAACCAAAAUGGUACUUUGAUCCACUUGAGCCAUUAAGUGCUCCCUAUUAUAUAGUAUGCCCAGGCCUGCAGAAUUAAGCAGACCCUUUUUAUUGUGAAUAAUAAUGAGGACAUAUUUUUCUUUAUAUUUUAUUUCUUUGCAUUGAGUGUGAGGAAGAUAAAAUGGCUUAGUAAAAGUAAUAAAAUCAGUACAAUCACUAACUUUUCUAUGUAUAUGUUAUUUUGCAAUACAGAUAUUACUAAUUGACUUGAUUAUUCUCAGAGGGUGCUGCUCUUUAAUGAAAUUGAAAUGAUAGCUAAUGGUUUUUUUUCUCCACUCUGCUUUCUAUAACCAAUCAGUCUUUUAAUGUUUGUGUGUUCUUUAUAAAAUUUAGAUGUGAUUCUUGAUUGGGUUCUGCUUCCAAUAUUGGUAUGUAUGUAAACAUGGUAGUACAGCCAUUUUUUUUUCAUACAUGAGUAUAAAUAAAAUAGUAUUUUUUAAAGUA